AUGGCCUCAGACAUCCGCGCCUCUGCCCUGAUCGCUCCCAUCCACGUCGCCGAGUACCUCGCACGGAGGCUUUUCGAGGUCGGCAUUCGAGCGGUGCACGGGGUGCCAGGAGACCACAACCUCGUGGCUUUGGACUAUCUAGAACACUGCGGUCUGAGCUGGGUGGGCAAUUGCAACGAGCUCAAUGCUGGCUAUGCCGCAGAUGGCUAUGCGCGCAUCAAGGGCAUCUCGACCCUCUUCACUUCGUUUGGUGUUGGCGAGCUCUCCGCCCUCAAUGCGAUAGCAGGCGCGUUCACCGAAUUCGUCCCAAUCCUACACGUGGUCGGCACGCCGCCGACUUACUCGCAGCGAAAUGACCGGCAGCUGCACAACCCCCUGGGGAAUGGGAACCCGAAUACUUUCACAGACAUGUCGCGAUCAAUAUCCUGUGCCGUAGUUGCACUCAGCGACCCCGCAGACAUCCCAGAUCAGAUCGAUCACGCGAUAAGAGAAUGCUGGGUUCAGAGCAAGCCGGUCUACAUAGCAUUACCUGCGGACAUGGUGCAGCAGCAGGUAGAGGGGGAUCGAUUGCGAACACCGAUUGACUUGUCAUAUCCGCCAAACGACCCGGACAAGGAAGACUAUGUGGUGGAUGUGGUAUUACGAUACAUGCAGGCGGCGAGAAAUGCGAUCAUUCUAGUAGAUGCAUGCGCGAUACGGCAUCGAGCGCUGCUGGAAACACACGACUUGGUGGAGAGGUCACAGCUACCAACAUUUGUAUCACCAAUGGGAAAAGGCGCGGUCAACGAAGCCCUACCGAAUUACUGUGGUGUGUAUGCCGGCGAUGGGAGCGACGACGAAGUACGAGAACGAGUAGAGACGGCCGACCUGGUCCUCAGCAUAGGGGCGAUGAAGAACGACUUCGCAACGCCGGGCUUCAGCUACCGAGUAUCCGAACUCAGCACCAUCGACUUCCACUCAAACAUCGUCCGGGUCAAAUACAGCGAAUACCCAGAACUACGCAUGAACGGCGUGAUCCGCAAAAUCGUCGAGCGCCUCCCCCAACUCCACAUCGUCCCAGGCCCCACCCCCUCCAACAACAUCCCCUUCCACCGCCGCGACAACCGCGAAGAGCUCACCCACACCUGGUUCUGGCGACACAUGGCGCGCUGGCUGCAACCCAACGACAUCGUCAUCACCGAAACCGGCACCCCCAACUUCGGCAUCUGGGAAGCCCGCUUCCCACCCAACGUCACAGCCAUCAACCAAGUCCUCUGGAACAGCGCCGGCUACGCGACAGCCGCCACCGAAGGCGCCGCCCUCGCCGCGCAGGAACUCAUGACCCUCCGUCCCAACCGCAAGUUACGAACCAUCCUCUUCACCACCGACGCCAGCCUCAAACUCACCGCCCAAGAAAUCUCCACCAUGAUCCGUAAAUCCCUCACCCCCAUCAUCUUCAUCAUCUGCUCCGACGGCUCCACCACCGACCGUCUCCUGCACCGCCCCGAAGCGACAUCCACUACCACCUCCCCCUGGCGCUACAAAGACCUCAUCCCCGCCCUCGGCGCUGAGAAAGGCUCCUUCCAAUCCGCCACCGUCCACACGCGCAAACAAGUCCAAGCGCUCUUCGCGGACGGCAGUUUCAACGAAGCAAAGUGUCUGCAAUUUGUGGAAUUGCGCAUGGCCAAGGACGAUGCGCCCGUGGGGUUGAGGGCGGGCGCGGGGCGAAAAGAGCAUCAGGAUGUUCAGGCGUAG